AUGCCACACAGCGCAGAUGAAACCAAUGUUCCUGACGACAACCCACGUCGUCUUGUCCUAUGCUUUGAUGGGACGGGCAAUCAGUUUCAAGGAAAUGAGUCAGACACGAAUAUCAUGAAGAUCUAUCAGAUGCUAGAUCGACACUCUCCAAGCCAGUUUCAUUAUUAUCAACCGGGUAUUGGGACCUACGUCAAAGGCCAGUCCUCCAGCUCUGGACUGGUUCGAUUCUGGCCCAAAAUCAAAUCCAAAGUUAUCAGUGUUGUUGACCAAGCAGUCGGCUCCUCGUUUAGCGAUCAUGUCCUGGCUGGCUAUCGCUUCCUGAUGCGUUACUACUCUGAAGGUGAUCAUAUUUAUAUCUUUGGGUUCUCUCGUGGUGCUUAUACCGCGAGGUUCCUCGCGGAGAUGGUCCAUGAACUGGGCCUUCUUUCCCGUGGCAACGAGGAAAUGGUUCAUUUCGCCUGGGAAACGUUCAGCAACUACGAACAGUCCCGCGGAAACAAUCCUCAGACCGAAAAGGACCAAGAGCUGAACGAGUUUAUGAAAAAGUUCAAAGCGACCUUUUGCCGACUAGGCGUGGGCAUACAUUUCCUUGGUUUGUUCGACUGCGUCAAUAGUGUCGGCCAAUUCGAAAUCCCCUUUUUCCGCACGUCAUACCGAUUUAUCGCGACACCCGCCGCAAAGUACAUUCGACAUGCGGUGUCCAUCCACGAGAGACGGCUCAAGUUCAAGCCCGCUCUCUACAUGAUGGAUAAGAGUGGGCCAUCCUCUGACUUCAAGGAAGUCUGGUUUGCUGGAAAUCACUGCGAUGUAGGUGGUGGCUACAAUCUCCAAAAAGGUCAGAAACAUCUGCUUUCCGACACACCAUUAAAUUGGAUGAUCCAGGAAGUUCUCCACUUGGAGGGCUCGGAGAGUAAGCUUGAAUUCCAGACGACUAAUGUUGAGGAUGUUUUGAGGGCUGAAAGCGUCUUCCCUGGAAAGGAGGAACCAGGGACCAACGCAUGGGAGGUGAGGCGUCGCACCAAUCAGCCUCAUGACUCGCUCAGGUUCGGACAUGCCUCGGGAUUCCUGAUGGUUAUUUUGUGGUGGAUCCUUGAGUUGCUGCCCAUCUUCACACGGUUAGAGCUGGAGAAAGGCGAAUGGGUUCCACGGAGAUUCCCACCCAACCUGGGGGCACCACGGGAUAUUCCCGUGGAAGCUGAGAUUCAUUCCAGUGUGAACGAGAUGGUCAAAGCGGGGAUUAUAGACAAGGAGUCGAUCCCCAAGAAGGGGGGUGACAAUCCCAAUCUACCCAACCCCGCCAGUGUCGUGUCUACUUUGAAGAGGGCAAGAAAGAAUCUGACGCGCCAGACUGCACCUUCCAAUGGACCGGCCGUAGACGAACCAGACAAUGGGGACAGCCGUAAGAUGCAUGAAAAUGGGUCGGUGAAGGGGAUGAACGGGGUGUAUAAAGCGAAUGGUGUGAACGGAGUACGUGUCCUGAAUGGCAUAAAUGGCGUCAAUGGAUCGAACGGGGCUGUGGAGAGUUGA